GAUAUAGAGGGAGAAGAGACGUAUGUGAUGGGUGAUCAGCAGUGUAAGGAGGAGGAAAUCCCUACAGGUAUCUGCACAGCAGAUGGAUGUAACAGAAGAGAUAGAUGGAAGGAGCAUCUCCCUUUAUCUCCAGUCUGUAACAUAGAAGAUAACACCAGAAGAGAGUCUUCAGUCGAAAUCCCUAUUACCUCAGAUGUAUAUCCAGGUCUUCACAUCACAGAUAUGUCAUCAGAUCCCACUUAUCAUAAAUGUUCUGAUAGAGUAGAUACCAAAAGUUUUACACAGGACACAAAGCUUAUAACCCAUCAGCCAGCUAAGACAUUUCCAUGUUCUGAGUGUGGGAAAUGUUUUAGAUACAAAUCAUAUCUUGUUAUACAUCAGAGAAGGCACACAGGUGAAAAGCCAUUUCCAUGUUCUGAGUGUGGGAAAUGGUUUACACACAAAUCAACUCUUAUUUUACAUAUGAAAAUUCACACAGGUGAGAAGCCAUAUUCAUGUUCUGAGUGUUGGAAAUGUUUUAUGAAGAAAUCAAAACUUGUUAUACAUAACAGAUGUCACACAGGUGAGAAGCCAUUUCCAUGUUCUGAGUGCGGUAAAUGUUUUACGCAGAAAUCACAUCUUGUUAGUCAUGAGAGAAGUCACACAGGUGAGAAGCCAUUUCAAUGUUCAGAGUGUGGGAAAUGUUUUACACAGGAAUCAAACCUUGUUGUCCAUGAGAGAAGUCACACACGUGAGAAGCCAUUUCCAUGUUCUGAGUGUGGGAAUUUUUUCAUGCAGAAAUCAGAUCUUGUUAUACAUCAGAGAAGUCACACAGGUGAGAAACCUUAUUCAUGUUCUGAGUGUGGGAAAUGUUUUACACGGAAAUCACAUCUAGUUCUACAUCAGAAAACUCACACAGGUGAGAAGCCUUAUUCGUGUUCUAAGUGUGGGAAAUAUUUUAAGCAGAAAUCAGAGCUUGUUAUACAUCAGAGAAUUCACACAGGUGAGAAGCCAUUUCCAUUUCUGAGUGUGGGAAAUGUUUUAGACAGAAAUCGCAUCUUGUCAGACAUCAGAGAACUCACAGAUGAGAAUCCAUUUCUUUGUUUUGAGUUAGCAAAUGAUACAAAUCAGAUCUUGUUAUGCAUUAACUUAUUCAGUAUUCAUUAUUGUAUCUAA